GGUAAAUGAUGGUUAAACAGAGAAGUGUAGUUUAUAAAUUUUACUGUGAUUAUAACUAUUGAUAAAUAGAAACAUUACAUUAAUUUAAUGGGAAAUUCUCAAAAUAAAGGCAGUGAACGUAGAAACCAAAAGCAUCCCUUGCAUUCUACUCGUGACGGUCAAUCAUUUACAAGUCAGUUUAGUUUGUCCCAUUUCGUCGGUAACCUCAGCGGGCGCUCCUUCGUUAGUGUAACAAGCAACCAGUCAGUAUACAGCGCAUCACGGCCUUGGUCUCGUGUUUCUAGACGAAGAUGGAAUGAUUCAACGUUAAAAAAUCCCCUUGAAGCUAGUAAAACAGCUUGGCCAGUCGCACACAAAGAGUCAAUAUUCCUACCAGAGUACCCAAUAACAACAGACCUCCUGCAAAGAGAUUUUGAAAUAGUUGAAACCAUAGCCAAAGGUGCUUUUGGGGAAGUGUAUAAAGUUAAUAAGUACAGUGAGAACAAGGAAUAUGCACUAAAAGUGUUGAAUAAAGCACAGAUCGUGAGCGAAAAUGCGGUAAGGCAAGUAAAAGAAGAGGCGCGCAUUCAAGCAGCGGUCGGUCACCACUCGUUCAUAGCGGGAGCUGUAUCUCGCUGGCAAACCAAGAAAAGACUGUAUAUAGUUUCAGAGUACAUUCCCGGCGGCGAGUUGCUAGCUUUACUGGAAAAGUACGCAAAGUUACCAGAGGAACUUGUGAAGAUAUUUGUAUCUGAGAUUGCUAUAGCUAUUGACUUCCUGCACAACGCUGGUGUGAUAUAUCGUGAUCUCAAACCAGAAAACAUUCUCUUAGAUUCUGAUCUCCACAUUCAGCUGGUGGACUUCGGGCUGUCCAAGUGGUUGUCCAUCGGCUCGCGGACCACGACGCUCUGCGGCACACUCAAAUAUAUGGCGCCAGAAGUGCUGCAUCGGGAACCAUACGGUCACGCCGUGGAUUGGUGGUCUCUCGGUGUAAUCGCCUGCCGCAUGCUGACUGGAGAGUACCCAGCGCCUGCCGUUAACGUAUCAGCAACAAAUGACUCUUCAGAACAUAAGCCCACAAGUUCAACUAACGCAGUCAGUAGUGAAAAUUACAGUGAUAAGCAAGAAUUAAAAACUAUUCAGCCAAAGCCUGGGUCUUUACCCAGUUGUGCAAAUGACCUGUCAAACGCAGCUAGGUCUUUGCUUCUGAGAUUACUUGAUAUGGAUCCCAAAGUUCGUUUACGAAACUUGCGGCAGCUGCAACAAACAGCAUUUUAUAUGCGAUUUAACUUCGAACACGUCAAAGCUAAGAAGAUCUCGCCUAGAUAUGUUUUGGAAAAUCAACCUAUGCAAACUCAGGGUUCAUCACAUAACGGUGGUGCACGAAAUUUCAAGGAGUUCGAUCAACCUAUGUUAAUUUAAGAAUACUUACACUAUAAAGUUAUGGUAACUUUAUACUAGAAACUUAAUUUGUCAUGGUGCCAUCAUAGUGUAGAUUUUAAUUAAUAUGUCAGAUAUACAUAAAUAGAUAAUUUAAGUUACUCUGGAUUAGCUUUUAACGUAGUUGCUAAUACCUAAUUGCUAAGGUAUUUCAUUUCUUUUCUCACUAAUUACGACAAAGAUGAUCUGACAAUGAUUAAUAUAAUAUCUAGCGCAAAUUUAUUUUUUUAUAUUAUAGGUGAUU